CAAUCAGAAUGGUCGCAAAUCUAACUCAUUCAGAACUGGAUUACUUUGAAAAAUUAGCAACAUUAAUAUCAGUAUUAUCAAUGUGCUCAAUAUGUGAAGGUAUCGGAUGUGAAGGUUUUUACAAAGGGUGCUGCCCGGGUUCUUCAUGGAAUACAGUGACUCAACAAUGUGAAAAAUGUAUGCCAGGUUACAAUGGGAUCAACUGUACAACUGUGUGUCCUUAUCCUCUGUAUGGAGUAGAUUGUCAACAAUUAUGCAACUGUACCAAAGACUUAUGUAAUGUUUCUAAUGGAUGUGUUGGUCCAACCACAGACGACAAAAUGACAGCAACACGAUCAACUUUCCACGCCAUACAGAACUUUUCGCUUGUUGUAGAAAACAACACCUUGUCAAUAGAGAACAACAAAACAGGCACUAUUUAUCAGCAGCCAAGGACAGUAAAUACCAAUAUACUCAUGUGUAUUCAAGUUUUUGGAUAUGUUGACAUAUUUUUAAUCUGCGCAUACUUCGCAUUGUGUUUAUAUGAUCGACAACACUGGACUACUGGCAUGGAAACAAAUCAUAAUAAUGUUCCCGGAAACAAUUCAACAUACGAGAAUGCUGAAAUAGUUUUCCUCUCAACAACAAGAAACCAACUAUAGUAAUGUUUCAUUGUUAUACGUGUUCAGUUAGUGCGCGAUUGCCAUUUAAUAUUGACUAUGUAUGUUAUAGCACUUAAAUCUUGUAUAUACCAACUGGUGAACUAAAGUAUAUUUUCUUAGUUAGUUGAGUUUAUUCCCUAGGUACUUUUCCUUAAAAUAAUAUGGAUAAAAAAAAUGAAAAUGUAUGAGUACAAUGCAAAACAUUUGUUUAUUUGAAGAAAAAUCUACAGAGUGUCAUUUUUAUUCUUUAAAUUGAAAA